GGCACCGGAAGUGGAUACACUUAUGAAUUUUAAUAAACUUGUUUUUCUUUGUGUGUUUUUUGGAGCCAGCGCGCGGCCAAAGAACCGGGACGGUACCGGGUCCAUCCGCCAUUAAAGUCCCGUUCGUGUCUCCGGUGUGAUGAUGGCGGAGAGUCCGGACUGCAGCGUCCUGCGGCGGACACACAGCGGCGGCGCCGGGCUGACGGUGGUGAAGGUGGAGUCAGGUGUGUCCGGUGAGUCGGUCCUGAACCCGUCACAGGCCUCUGAGCUUCACUUCCUUCGUUCGCGGGUUCAAGAGCUGGAGAGAGAAAAGGCAGAACUGUCGGUGGAGAACCAGAGACUGAAGAACAUGCUAGUCCACGAAAUCCCUGGGCUCCUGUCCACCAUGUGGCAGACGUUGGGCCAGGCCAACAGUGACCCCUCCAUCUCCACGGCAAUGGCUAGGAGCAACAGCUAUGCUCCUUACCUUUAUCACAGCGACUGCGCCCAUAAGGACGAAGACCUCAGCCCCCAGGUCUACGUCCAGCAGCUCCAGGAGGAACUGAGCAGGGACAUGUCAGAGUCCUGGGGCCCGCUGGGCUCCGAGGACGAGGAGGUGCCUGAAGAAGCAGACCUGGGUCUGGGGAGCCACAUGGGGGAGGAGGCGCCACUCUGCAGCCAGACCGACAUGGAGGAGCUGAGGAGGAGCUGCUCGGAGAGCCAAUGUACCGCCGGACACCUUAAUGGACAGGUAAACCAGGUGGAGGUGUAUCCGGGCUCUGGUGUUCUCUGUGAUGUCCGAUCAUGGCAGGCAGCCAAUCAGGCACCGUCUCCUACGGCGAUGGCACGAACGCUGCUGGUAGGUGUGUUUGAUAUGAACACGCUGAUGAACAGUAACCUGCGAGGAGGACGGAGCCGCCGGCCAGCCUUCCACGCACAACGCAGCGCCCUCGACCCGCACAAGAUCAACGCCAUCUUCAACGCCAUCUUGGCUCGCUUUCCUCUCGCCAAGAAAGGAGUCAUCGGCUCCGGCAUCAACUCCAAACUCUCUGAGAUCCGCUUCCGCUCCCGAAGAGCCAAUCAAGAUCCCCGGUUCCUCUGAUGGACAGCUAGACAGCUCCACCUAUCUUACUGAAAAAACCAUCAGUCGUCGCCUGAGAACACAGCAGUCUCGAGCUGCUGGACCGAUGAACAGCUGUUGGAAUAACUCAGCAUCCAUUCAGAUCCAGGACAGGGAUGGCUCUCAUGUCGCUGAGUCAGUGGCUCUUUUGCAACAGGGACUUGUUGGAGAGUUGUGCAAUGCCGUAACAAUAGGUGUCAUUUACCCUGGGGACACUGAGGACAAGUCCCCAUCACUUUUUGAAAAGGCUGAUUUUAUCCCCAUCACUUUUUGAAAGCAACAACAAAUGAUAACAAAUGAGAAUGCUUUGAAAAAGGUUUAUUUUCACAAUAAGAAAACAUGCGAUGCAAUGUAAAUAUUGAAGAAACAAAUGUGCAUUGUCCAAAAACUUAAGCUAAGAAAAACAAGCUACUAAUUAGGCCUACUGAGUCCAUUACAUUUUUAGAUGUUGAAUUGUCACCUACCACCUGAAUUGUGUGCUUCCCUUUCUAAAAAUAAAGACAUUUUCAGCAUAAAUUGGUGCAGAAAAUGUCUCCAGGAUGCAGGAAAUUAAGUGUUUAAUGCUCAAAAUCUUCUGGGGAAUGACCCCCAGACCCCCACUCAUAAAUUUCACCAUUGAAUAUUUCUUCAAAAUACUGUUACAAUAUCUUCUGUAACAUGAGCCCAAUAUUGUGCAUGAUCACGUCUCGUAAAUUAAGUGUAUUGUCUCUCCCCUAAUGUGUCCCUCUGACGACCAUGAAGACACAACCACAAAGAGAUCCAAACUUACAUUUACUCAUUUGGCAGACGCUUUAUAUCCAAAGCGACUGUAGUGGUAGUCGCACAACUAAACUACCAAAAUACCGAAAGGGGACGCAAAAUGACCACAAAGAGACGAUCAAAAGGACACAACCACAAAGAGAC